UUAUUCAAUAAAUCAAAAAAUCAGGGCUUUCAAUGUCAGAACAAAUACAGAAAAUACAAGUUUUUUAACCAAACAAGUAAACCAUCACAAGAGCGAAACAAGUUUAGAUGGGAUCACGAUGUUUAGCUGGACUCGGCUGUCCAAUCCGCUGAAAAUGGGCUUCCAGUUCGUAACCGUUUUCUCGACAAGCUCCCAAAUUCCACCGAAUGCAAAAUUCUGGUCCAAACUGUUCGGAAAGUACCUGUUGCUGACAAAUACCGUCGGAUCGGGACUCCUCGUCGCCAUCGGAGAUGCAGUUGCCCAGCAGUACGAGGGAUUUGCUGAAAAGAAAACCUUUGACUACUCUCGCUCAGGAUGCAUGAUGAUUACGGGCUUGGUGAUUGGUCCGGUUCAGCACAGUUUCUAUCUGCUGCUGGACAGGCUGCUAUCUGACAGUGGACGAUGGGGUGUCCUGCAUAAGAUACUCGCGGAUCAGUUGAUCAUGUCGCCCACCUAUAUUUUCCUGUUCUUUUACGUCAGCAGCUUGCUGGGUGGGAAAACAUUAGCGGAGUGCAAUGGCGAGCUGGCCGAGAAGUUCCUUUACACGUGGUUGUUGGACUGCUGCUAUUGGCCGGUUCUGCAGUAUCUGAACUUUCGCUUUUUUAAGUCUAACUAUCGCGUGAUCUUCGUUAAUUGCGUGUACGUCGUCCUGCUUUCCCAUAUAAAGUACGGCUUUUCCUUCCAGGAUCCAUAG